AAUAUGGACAGAAACUGGCUGGGACAUAAAAAAAAGAAAGGAUGCUGUCUUUUCCAGGACACGCCCUGCAGCUGGAAAGUGCUUUCUCCAUCGCGCAUUCUUCUCCUGUCCAGCUCAUUGCAGAAUGUUUUCCUGCGUUAAAUGCCAUUUAAUAACUGGAAAAACUUAACGCAAAGAUAAGCUAUUGUUUUCCCCAAGCUUCCUUAAAGCUGUUGAACCGGGACUGCUUCUCCUACUAUUCAAUCUCAGCAAAGGAAAAGAGGCUCUACCUACCGGGCAUGUCUGCUAGAGUGUCUCAUACCCAGGACACACACCACCACUCCAGCGAGAAGCCCCUGAUUCAGUGCUACAAGUGCGGGGAGCCAUGUAAGGGCGAGGUCCUCCGGGUGCAGAACAAACACUUUCACCUGAAGUGUUUCACCUGUAAAGUGUGCGGCUGUGACCUCGCCCAGGGGGGCUUCUUCAUGAAGAAUGGGGAAUAUCUGUGCAUGCUCGACUACCAACGCAUGCACGGCACCCGCUGCAACGGGUGCGGGGACUUUGUCGAGGGAGAAGUCGUCACCGCCCUGGGCAAAACUUACCAUCCUUCCUGCUUCGUCUGCACCAUCUGCAAACGACCGUUCCCGGCCGGAGACAGGGUGACCUUCAACGGGAAGGACUGCCUGUGUCAGUACUGCGUCGAGCCCAUGUCUCCUGGACCUAAGGACAUCCUGGGCUCCAGCAAUUGCUCAGGAUGUGGCCGCGACAUCAAGAACGGUCAGGCUCUUCUGGCGCUGGACAGACAGUGGCAUCUGGGCUGCUUUAAGUGUAAGGCCUGUGGCAAAGUGCUGACCGGGGAGUACAUCAGCAAGGAUGGCGCCCCCUACUGCGAGAAGGACUACCAGAUCCAUUUUGGAGUUCAGUGUGAGGCGUGUCAUCAGUUCAUCACGGGGAAGGUGUUAGAGGCAGGAGAUAAACACUACCACCCCAGCUGUGCGAGAUGCAGCAGGUGCAAUCAGAUGUUCACAGAGGGAGAAGAGAUGUAUCUGCAAGGCUCAACAGUGUGGCAUCCUGGGUGCAAGAACACCACCAGAACAGAGGAGAGACACAGAGAACGGCCUACGAGGUCGUCGUCUGAGAGCAUUUGUUCCAGACCUGGUUCAAGCAUACCUGGCUCACCGGGUCACACCAUCUAUGCAAAAGUAGACAAUGAGAUCCUUGAUUACAGAGACCUAGCUGCCAUUCCAAAAGUCAAAGCCAUUUAUGACAUUGAGCGCCCCGAUCUUAUCACGUACGAACCUAUGUACACAACCGCCCUGGACGAGAAAGAUGAGAGACGAGAGUGUGUGGGAGAGCUCCACUCUGCUAGACGGGAGCGUUCCCCGAUGCCCGAUGAUAAGUCGUCAAGAAACAUGUCGCCAACCCCAUCAGCUGAGAGUUUUUACGACAGGAGGGACCGCAUUCUCCAAAGAUCCACCAGUCAAGGCUCCAUAGGGUCCCCGGUGUAUAAUCGCCAUGGUUACACUCCCACCCUAUCACGAUCACCGCAGCAUUUUCACAGACCUGAAGCUCUGACAGGCAUGCAGAAGCUCUGCUCCUCCCUGUGCAGUAACAGUGUGGGUUCCAGAAAUAGUGACUCUCGUCCCACCUCCCCUUUCAGACACCACUUCCUGCCCCAUAGCCAAGGCCCCGACCCACCGAGUGGCCGGAGUUCCCCCCUGCCGCUCAGGCCCGACAGCCGGCCGGUCACCCCGCCUCUCUCUCAGACCCCUAAACAUUUCCACGUCCCAGAUCAGGGGAUCAACAUCUACAGAAAACCACCCAUCUACAAACUUCACGGUUCAGAAGGGAGGAGGCGGUCUAGAGAAGAGGAGGAGGAAGAGGCUUUGAAAAGAAAGCAACUUCAGGAAGAGCAUCUCAGUAAGAUUCAGUCUGGUCUGGGAAAACUCAUUCUGAAGGAGGAGAUGGAGAAAGAGCAGAUUAGGGAGCGGCAUGCUCGCAGCCUCUCUGCUCAGCGCUACGAUCCCAAAAUGAACAACUGUGACGCAGAUCCAACGUCUCCAACCAAGACCAACUCUCUGCCUGGUUAUGGACGGAACGGUCUGCAUCGGCCUCAGUCUACAGAUUUCACCCAGUACAACAGCUAUGGAGACAUGUGUGGUGGAGGAAGAGAGUUUCAGCACAUUAAGGAUGGCCGUGCAGCACUUGCAAGGAUGGACAGGGGAGUAUCUAUGCCUAAUAUGUUGGAACCAAAAGUGUAUCCCUAUGAAAUGCUCAUGAUAACCAGUAGAGGGAGAGCUAAACUGCCAAGGGAUGUGGACAGAACCAGACUGGAGCGUCACUUAGCACCCGAAACGUUCUUUGAGAUCUUUGGAAUGGAGAUCCAGGAGUUUGACAGGCUUCCCCUGUGGAAACGCAACGACAUGAAAAAGAAGGCCAAGCUCUUUUAGUUUUUUUAUUUUUUCUAAUUUAUAGCAUGCAUUAUUCUGUACAUACAAUCAGAUAGCACACAGUUGUAAUCUAGAUGUAGGUUCUGGGUUAUUUCCUUUUCUUUUUUUCUUUUUUUUUGCUUAUGUCGUCUGGAUAUACCUGGGGAUUCCAAGAAAUGGACUGAUGUUGCGAUGAUGGACUUCAAUAAUGAAUGGAAAAUUCUUCCAUGUUCAAAAAUGACAAAGAAUGAUGAGAAGGGUCAAGUUUUAUUUGCUUUGACUGCACUUAUUUUACCUCCUGCUUUGCUUUAAGUGAAAAUCCUUCCUUUACUUUACUGCUUGUUUCUCCCUAUUUGUUGCUGUUGAUUCCCGUGGAACUUUGUAAUUACAGUAGACCAUCAUGGCACAGUCACAAAAAUGCCCAUGCCUGUAGCUCAAAAGUGUGUCAACUUUUUGUUUUGCUUGGGCUGAAACAGUUUUAGCCCAAAGGUUUCAAGAAUCGGCUCAGUGAGUCUUUUAAGAUACAAUACGAUGAGAAAAGCCUGUGGGAACACGGUGAGCACAUCCGCCAACUGUUUGACUGGAUCUACGUGGAAAUGAAUCCUCCAAUAGCCGGCAUAUCACCAGUCUUCUUCCCCGUGGCUUUCAUGCACACAAAUUGUUCAUCUGAAUGGACAAAAAAAUGUCUCUUUUCUCAGGCUCUCAUAAACAAAGUUAUACACCUUACCUUUACUUAUAUUGGAAGUAAGAAUCUUAUAUUUUAAGGCUGUUUCCAACAUAUAGUUACAUUCAAAUAGAUACGACCCCCUAUUUCAAGAAACGACUGUAUUUGAAAGUAUUGUUUUAUAAAUGAAAAAAAAAACACACUGCCAUUUGUUGUAUUGAAAUCUAAGCCAAUAAAGAUUUAAAUUGCCAUGAACCAUGAAUACUGAUCCUCUGCCAUCCCAAAGUUACCCUCAGCUUCUUUUCUAAUAUUUUGAUGUGGACAUUUGGGGAUGUUAGCACAGGGUGGGAAAUUAUCUUAGGACUGAAAUACAAACCUAAAAUCUUCAUCAGAAGUCUUCAUUUCAUUCAUUUAAUUUUACAGCAUUAUUCAUUUAAUAAUGCUGUAAAAUGCUCAUACUACUGUUGCCUGUUGCAAUUUUCCAGAAAGUUUUCUCAACUGAAAAAUAUUCAGUUGAAUCAGGACAGGCUAUGACUUCACUUAUUUUGAUUUUUUAAAUUCUAAAUAAAAAAUACUUAAAAUAUUUAUAUAAGAAAAGUUCCCAUCCAAAAGAAUGGUAAUCUUUAAGCUGCCACAUGAAUAGCAGCUGGAAAACAUGAUUAAAUGUAAAUUAAGCACAAGUUGUGAAAUAGCAACUCUUGUCAGGUCUUGAGGUAUUUGUGUUACUUUGAAUUCACUCCCAGUUUGAAUACUGGGAGUGUGUUGGGUUCAAAUGUUUUGAAUUCACAGUGUUCAGCUGAUUCAGGAUGUCACUUUUACCAUGGUGUCACCUUUUCGGGGAUUUUUAAAUUUAAUGUUCAAGUGACCAUCUGGUAAUGACAUUUUCAUGAUCUUUAAGAGCACUUAAGCAGGAAGAUAGUUCUUAAAUUAAUUGGAUAAUUGAAAAGUAGCUCAUGCCGUUAGUUUUUCGAUUUCAGUUUCAAGCAUUCAAAAUGCUGAAGUGAGCGAAUAUUUAUUAGUGCAGACAGAGUAUUUGCAUAGAUUUUUAUAAAAUUAAGCAAUGAUACAUUUGGAUGCCAAUGAGUGUGAUGCCAUUUACCCUACAAAACAACAUGAAAUUCAAAAUAUGUAAAAAAAACAAAAACAAAAAAAAACUAAAGGGCAACUGACUCCAGCUGCAUCAGCUGGUUUCGACUUGGUACUGGUACUUGACAAUGUGGUAAUGUUUUUGGAUGAUAAAAACUACAGGGAACCUAAACUGCCUUUAAAAAAAGAUGUGGGGAUGUCCUUCAAGUCCUCCCCCAAAUUACUUCUGUGAUUGUUUACCAAAAGCAGUGUAUCAUUCCAAACUAUUGAAAAGCAAUACAGAUAUGUUAUACUGCUCAGGGUAUUGCAUUCCUUUCAGAAACUGAUGCCGAUUCUUCAGAUCUGAACUUGAUGAAUCAGCAGGUUCAGAUCGUAAGUCUGCUCUGACUUCUGCUUCUUCAGCAGUUUUCAGCUGACCUGUUGAAGUCCCACCAGUCAUGCAAUACAUGCUAAUUUUGCAAGUCCAUAGUUGUACCAAAAAUAUUUGCAAUGAGUGCUGAAAACAUUACACUACAGAAGGCUCCAGUCUAUGAUUUACUGCGUUGUGGUGAAGGGAAACAUCCACAACUACGCUCUUUUAUGGUUUUCCCUUACUUUAUCUCAGAAAACUAUGUCCUCAAACUCUUUUUCCUUAAUCAAUCAGGGGUUUCAUCCUUUGAGUUUGCAUUUCAGUCUAUGAGGUUUCAUACCUUCUGCAAUAUUUUUCCCUUUUCUUCUGUAAAAACAAAAUCUGAAAUUCCACACCUAUACCUUAUAAUUUCCUUUGUAUUUAAUUGUUUUGUUUUCUACAACUCAUACCCAGAUUUUCUGUUCUGCAGUUCUCCAUUUUAGUCCUGUUUGAUCUUGUUUUCUUUGACCCAUUAGAUGAUUGUGUGUGUUUUGCUGUGAACAUCUCAACUCUGCCUGGACUUUAGCUUCUUCCCAGGUUGUUUGUGAUUUGGACCCAAAUUGAAUCCAAAUAGUUAGGAAAAAACCUAGAAAUGAGCACUUGGGAUCUCUGCAGGGGCAGUAAGGUUUUAAAAAGAGAGAAAAAACUGAAUUAAAAUUAAAACAUGAAACCUGCACAAUAACCACUAAGAUGUCCAUGACAAUUCUAGAUUGUGAUUUAUUUAUUCUCAAAUUGAGAGUAGAAUUUCACAUCUUGGUCUAUUCUCAGCAACUUUCUUCUGCAGUGUUCAACUCCAUCUUUGUAGAAUAAAGACAUUUUCACCACUGCU